CUCUCUCUCUCUCUCUCCACUCACCUUCGUUCUUGAUUACCUCUCUGCUACUAUACUUUCAUCGGAUACACAAUUUCUCUCUCCCAUUUCUUGAUUCCUAAAUUAUUUUCUUAAUUUCCACAAGGAAAAAAAUAAAAUCUAUCACUGAAUUCCUACAUCUUUGUGGGAUUUAGGAAAUGGAGAAAAUUCUGAUAGUGAAAUUCUCAGUUCUUACCGUUUUUAUGAUAUUAUUAGCUUCAAAAAGUGAGUUCUUGGUAGCUGCAAAUUCUACAUGGGUGGGAUCGAAGUAUCAAAUUGAAUGCACAAUGUGUUCUGCCUGUGAUAAUCCAUGCAACACUCCGUCACCGCCGCUGUCAGCGCCACCAUCUCCUUCACCACCACCGCCCUCACCGCCGCCACCUUCCACUACUAUCAAGUGUCCUCCACCGCCGUCUCCUCCUAGCUCAGGCAGCUACUACAACUCCCCACCACCACCUUCACCUCCAGGUGGUGCCACUGGAUAUUAUUACCCUCCACCCUACAAAAGCUACCCUUCAGGGCCAACGCCGCCCCCUCCAAAUCCAGUUGUGCCCUACUUUCCGUACUACUACCAUUCUCCGCCGCCACCUUCAUCAUCUCUGCAGCUAAAACAUUCAUUUUCUUUCUUAAUUACUGUUUUUAUCUCUUUCUGUCUCUUAUAAUCAACAUAAUCCUUUCUUAACUUUCUUGUUAGCAGGAAAAAAUCGAAGAAAAUGAAAAUAAAUUGUCAGAUUCACAGAUCCUUCUCAAUUAAAUUCAGGGAGUGAAGGAAUUUUUCAAUUCUCAGUUUCAUCGUGCUUAGAAGUAAAUUUUUAGCAGAAAAAGUGACCAAAAAAAAA